AUGGAGUGUAUUCGACAGAAUGACGAAUGUAAGCUCGAGGUUGUGUCCAAGGUUGCGUAUGUAUUUCAGUCCGUGAUGGCGCUUGCGCUGUACAACAUCUACGGAGAAUUCAAGCUGAUGGCCAAGGUGGUCCAAGAUGCCUUUAGAUGCGCCAAGGAGAUGGCGAAUUUGGUGAAGCAGCUCUGCAAAUACGUCCGCAACGUUAUGGUGACGGAUCCAGAAACCUUGAGUGAGCAGUUGCUCGACAAAAUGUACCAGACCGACAAUGUGCUCUUCGACGUGCCCAUUACCGUCGCUUCUUGUCUUGGAAUUCCUGUCGACCCGGAGAUCCGAAUUUGGGACAAAAUUACCAAUACCGGCGAGCUCAUCGUGAAGGAGGUGAUCGCAGACAAGGAGCUGAUCGUCGAGAGCUGGGAAUCUUUUAAGAAGUUCAUGAAGAAAGUCGCACUUGGCGAGUCGCUUGACGGCUUGAACAAGUCCGAUAUUACGUCGCUGGUGUCAGCGAUGAAGUCGAAUACGACCUGCGGCUUCGAUAUGAAGCGUAUUGCUGAUCGUACGUGGAUGACCGUGUUAUCUCUCAAGAAACAAAACCCGCAAAUGUCCGAGAACGAGCUCCGAACAUACAUCAGCAAGUCGAAUCUGGUGUUACAUGACAUCCCGAUCGCUACAAAUAAUUGCAUGCACGAGUUGGUAGCCGAGUCCGGGGAGAAGACGGCUUACGCUAUCCGUGAAACAUUGCGGACGACGCUAGGGGUCAUUGUGGAGGAUCUAAUCAAGACCGGUACAAGCAACAACGGUACUUAUUUGUCUGCCGAGCACUACGCGUAUAAAGUCGCGGACAAAGCGUUGUCCUUCUACGGGGUGUGGGACAUCAGGGGCAUCAUGAACGUCAUUGGCGAGUAUCUGCAGACAAUUUGUGGCCCUACUAAGUUCAUCGGAGAUAUCGAUGAUGGCCCAGUGGAUAUGUCAUUGGGUUUGAAGACAAUUGGCAAAGCUUUCAACCACAGCCAUGGGAAUUGGACGAAGGAGGGCGACGGCACCGUCACUGUUACGUUCCAGAGCAGCGAUACGAAGGAUGUGACGGUCAACAUUCACUCCGGCGGGGAUAAAAUCGAUGAAGUUGCGGUAAAUGCUGGCAGCUCCGCGACGUGGAAAUCGAAUGUGACAAGGUUGGGCGGGAAGACGAUGUACUUGGAUCGUUGGCGACCUGGAGUGUUGGGUCUGCCUGGAACCGUAGGUGGGUCGCUGGUGCUGUGGAUCCCGCGCGCAACACCGGACGGUGGGAAUUUGCAUCUUACGGCAAAGAUCAAUGUGAGUUAA